AUGCUACGGUUGCCUAUACAGGCCCGUGGCCUCCUCAGGGCGCACCGCAACUCUCCCUUGCGCUAUCGGCAUGCGCCGAAGCCGCUUACCCGCCCUGUUCGCCGUGGAUUCACCAGCUCAUCAACCACUUUCCCUGCCUGGUCCCAAUUCGAUCGCUCAGAUUUCACAAACCAGCCGUGGACUGGCAGUUAUGAACCGGAUCUCCCAACAACCGGACCUCUUGCGUCAGCUCCGGCUUUCGGAGCCCCUCGGGUGACCCCCAGAACGUUGAAGCAGUACCUAGACCAGUUCGUCGUUGGCCAGGAUCGUGCAAAGAAGAUACUUAGCGUCGCGGUCUUCAACCACUACCAACGGGUGCAAGAGCUGCAGAGACGUGAGGAGGAAAACGCAGAGUUGCUAGCGAAAUGGGCGCGCAGAGAGGCAAUUGAGCAUCACCCGGUCGAAGACGAGUUCCCAGGCCAACAACAAACCGUCAAUACAACCCCCGAAAUAGGUACAUUGCCUACAUCAGCGCAACCUGGACUUGACGAUUCGUCGGAAUUACAACUGGAGAAAUCCAACAUCCUUCUAUUGGGGCCAUCUGGCGUUGGAAAGACGCUCAUGGCAAAGACACUGGCAAGGAUACUAUCCGUCCCGUUCAGCAUUUCGGACUGCACACCGUUCACGCAGGCUGGUUACAUUGGAGAGGAUGCAGAAGUUUGCGUCCACAGGCUUCUGGCCGCUGCGAAUUAUGAUGUCGAGCAGGCGGAGCGCGGCAUAAUCGUGUUGGACGAAGUGGACAAAAUUGCCGCAGCAAAGGUCAGCCACGGGAAGGACGUCAGUGGUGAAGGAGUACAACAAGCGCUGCUCAAGCUCAUCGAGGGCACAACGGUACAAGUGCAAGCGAAACAAGAACGAAGUGCACCUCGCGAGGUCUACAACGUCCGCACAGACAACAUCCUCUUCAUUUUCUCCGGCGCUUUCGUCGGGCUACACAAAGUAAUCAUGGACCGGAUAUCUCGCGGAUCAAUCGGCUUCGGCCAGCCCGUCCGCGCCCUAUACAAAAAGCACCUCCCCUUCUUCACGUCGGCCACCUCUCCCAACUCCCCCGACAGCGAACCAACCUACUUCAACGCCCUCGAUCUCCUCAACCCCACCGACCUGCAAAACUACGGCUUCAUCCCUGAACUAGUCGGCCGUGUACCCGUCACCGCCGCCCUCUCCACUUUAACCACCCCUCUGCUCGUCCGUAUCCUCACUGAACCCCGCAACUCCCUCCUAGCCCAAUACACCACCCUCUUCAGCCUCUCCGGCAUUGAAAUUCGCUUCACCACUCCCGCCCUGCACAAAAUCGCCGCCAAUGCCUUCACAAUGGGUACAGGCGCGCGCGCCCUCCGCACCGAACUAGAAACCAUCCUCAGCGACGCAAUGUUCGAAACCCCCGGCUCGAGCGUCAAAUUCGUCCUGGUCACAGAAUCCGUCGCGGAGCGGAACGAGAAACCAAUAUAUCUUGCGCGCGGUCAGGGCGGACGCUUCCAUUCCAUGAUUGCCGCUGAGGAAAGUAAGUGGGAGGAGAAGGUCCGUCGAGAGAAAGCGGAGAAGAGUAAAGAUAAGAAAGCGAAGACACGGCCGGCGGAUGAACUACCCCCGAUUUCGAGUUUCAGGGAAUAUCGCACGCAGACGGCUGGGUUUUAG